AUGAAGUGGCAGUCUCUUCUUGCUCUCGGUAGCAUAGCCCAGCUUGCUACUAGUUUGGAGCUCAUCGACGAGUCUGAGGAUAAUGGAGUCAUUUGUUAUACUUACCUGUCAACCUAUCUUGCCGCUGUAGACGCUGGACCAGCACCGGCCCUGCCUACGACACGAGGCAUUCUCCCUCCAUACUUUACAAACCGUUCGACGUCUGCUGUUCCCCUGUCUACAUUUCCAGCAGAUCGAGAGUCUUCCAUUGUCCUUCAGGAUCCUGACUCCACAGUCGUUCUGCCUACCUCUUCAGACAUUACCAUCCCAACAGAGUUCACCCUGCUUACUUCGUCGGAUUUUGCCAUCCAGACAGAGCUCACUCUUCUUACCUCGUCGGACUUUAUCAUCCCAACAGAGUUCACUGACUUGGUCUCCCCUACUGCUGCUAUCUCGAGUGAUGUCUCUACGACAACCUCUCAAACUGAAGUGACGGGCCAGGCCGUCAUCUUCUUCAUUACACCGGACACUACCAAUGAGCGACGGAGCCUGGUCAAGAGAAUCAUCCCCGGAGGCUUCGUCAAUGGAGUUAGCCCGGUGGAUAUCUGUACUGAUGCCGAUGUCUUUCAACUCUCAGACGGUCAGCUCUUGGAUAAUGGAAGCCCUGUCUACUACGACGGUGAACCAUACAAGCUGUUUGCCAGCGAUGGUACGCCUCCCGAUGGUGCAAUCACGCGAGAGUUCGCCAGUGUGAGCGGGAACCUCGUGUUUACUAGCAGCUCCCUACCCAGUACCGGCUUCUUUGAGCAAUGUCAAAACGGUGAAAUACCCGGACCCGAUCAAGCAAGCUUAACCAGCAGCGACGUGGCUCAAUCUCCCGUUACCGCUUCGACAGAUAUAAGCAGCUCGGCUGUGUCGUCCGGAGCUCAAGAAUUGACAUCAACAAUACUUACUGAGCCCAUGGGUGCAUCAUCCUCCACCGACAGUCCCAGUGUCGUAACGGAAACACAAUCGACAGUCACCACAGACGAAACAGCAAUUGUCACUGUAGACUCGUCAUCCACAGACCUUUCCUCGCAAUCUUCUUUGUUUACAUCUUCUUCUUCCUUGACUUUAUCAACAACAAUCACAACUGAAUCCCAAUCUGUCCCUUUGCUUCAAACUUCUUCCUCAACAGACUCUACUGUUGUUACAGUAUCUACAGAUACCUCUUCAUCUUCCGAGUCACCGUUUGAACCUUCUGCCUCCACUGUCCUCUCUACAGUCACUACAGUCACAGAUCUUCCUUUUGAAGAGACUACCAUCUCAACAACGAUAUUACCUCAGGAGUCUGAAACGUCGACACUGCUUGACACCACAAAUGCGACUGCAGAAACUACAGCGACUGGAGAAACUACCGCUACUCAAACAACAACUACUGCCGAGGACACUACAGGCACUGAAACCACGACUGCGGAUGAAGGCACUACAACAACAGACGAGGAAACCACGACUACUGCUGAAGCAACUACAACCACUUCAAGCUGCGAUAGCGAAGUGAUCCUCACAACAGUAGCUCUACUGAAUCCAACACCAAUUUUUGGCAAUGCUUAUUACGAUGACUCCGUUGCCAAUAUUGCCUUGCCAUUCAAUAUUGCGGGCAGUGGCCAGAGCACUGUCUAUGUUUCUACAAAUGGCGUAAUAUCUUUGGGCUCCGGUGGAUAUCCUGCAGAGCCUGGCAACAGACCGCUCCCAACCCAAGCCAUUCCUGGAAUAGCCGUCUGUCCUUACUGGGACGACUUCAUUCUGGAUAGAAGUCGCGGUCAUUCAGUUGCGUAUGAAGUCUUUGACGGUCAGCACGGCACGCAGGCUACUUUCGAGUGGGUUGUCGGAAGGUAUCUAGGUCCUCCUGGCGACGACCAGAACGACGACAGUUUGUUCCAUUUUACCGCCACCUUUUACCAGAACUUUCCACAAAUCUUCAGGUUUUCAUACUACACUACAACCGACAAGGGCUCAAGUGCAACAACAGGUGUACAGAAUAGUGCUAUCGAAAGUUACAGACAGAUUUCAUUUAAUGCGGAGGGCAGUGUACAAGAUGGCACUUCUGUGUUUAUCAAUCUUUUGACUGGUGGUUAUGAAACAGUCCCAUUUGACAAUACCGAGUGUGGAAAGGGAGACCCUUAUGAUCGAUCAACGAUAUUUGCGGAGUAA